CCGCAUUACCACUUUACCAGCCGAGACGCUACAAUCAAGAAGGUUUAUAAUGACAUGGUACUGGGGCCACGUCGUCUCCGAAGACCAGCUCAAUGACAUUUUGGUCAAAGAAGGCGAGACAGUCACGACCCAAAAAGAAACUCAAUUCUGGCUUCACAUCGACGUCAUGUAUCGCGCCAUGAUCUUCGCCGGGUCCCCCGAUUGUACUCCUAGGCAAAUUGUGUUUGACGACGGCAGGCGAGGUUGGGUCUUUGCGUUCAAGGUCAACAGUAGGCUGUACGAUGACAAGGUGCCGGAACGCCUCCCACGGCACUGGAAGGAGCAGGUGGAAGAGCUGCGAAUCGCCCUCGGAAAGACAGAGAAACCGGCGUGGUAUAAGGGGUACGAGUACGAUCCGAGGCUCGAUCGUGGGCCGUGGCGUCCGUUUCGCGGGGUACUUGCGUCGAAGAAGCAGCGUCGUGUUAUCACACCGAUUCAGGAAGAGCCACCUGAAUGUAGCGCAACGACAGUCGCAUAGGUGACCAUGGUGCGCGUACUUAUUUUCCUCUUCGCGAGCGUGAGCUGACCCAGGUCGAUAAGGCUUGCCUUGAGCAGCAUCGCCGAGCUUCACGCUUUGGUCACUCCUCAUUCCAACCUCCUUAUAACCCCCUCGCAAUCCUCUUGCAGCAUCCCCGUAGAACGGCGCUCCCUUCCUGCAUGCGACCUGAACUAAGGCCACUGAGACCAUGUUGUAUUACGGGCUCACUCAACCUGCACAUCGUAUCACAAUAAUAAUUCGUAGCAGGUUUCUCAUUUCUCAUAAUUGCAUCUGUCCAUUCAACCAAUCAACACGCUUCAUGGUACCUUCAACGUUUUUAACAUCUCAGAGUGUGUCAUACGAGACACGAACGUAUUUCACACGCUUAUGAGAGCCAUGGUACAGACGCGACGCGCGAAGCGAAGACACAUUUUCAACUCUUUGACCGUGACUAUCAUCAUCUACAAUGCCUCAAUACUACGGAUACGGCUGGACCGAGG